CGUAACAGAUGUGAGUUAUAUAAACGUAUAUAACCCACAUCUGUUAGGCUUCCGCUGGUUUCAGUAUUCGUCUAGCGUCGGACGAGGCACACGAGAAUGAGUUUCGCAAACAAAGUCGUCCUUAUCACCGGCGGGAGCUCCGGCAUCGGAGCCACUACAGCCAUUUUCUUCGCGAAAGAAGGCGCAAAUGUCGCUAUUGUCGGAAGAAAUCAAAACAAAUUGAAGAAAGUUGCCGAAGACUGCUCAAAAAUCGGAAAGACGCCGCUUGUUAUUGUCGCAGAAUUGAACAAAGAUGAAAAUAUUGAAAGGAUCAUUAAGGAAACUAUUGAAAAGUUCAAGAAACUGGAUGUGCUAGUUAAUAACGCGGGUAUAUCUGUUACAGGCACUAUCACAGACGGCAAAGUGUUAGAAGCGUACGAUGCUAUCAUGAAAGUUAACGUGCGAUCAGUUAUACAACUGACAGUUUUAGCUACUCCUUAUCUUAUCAAAACUAAGGGAAACAUCGUGAAUAUAUCAAGCAUAGCUGGGAAGAAAGUGAGAUCACCAGCGUAUAUGGCGUAUAAUGUGAGCAAAGCGGCUUUGGACCACUUUACACGUGGGGCAGCGUUGGAAUUAUCUGCUUCAGGAGUCAGAGUGAAUUCGGUUAGUCCAGGACCAGUUAAGACGGACUUUUUCGACAAUUGUGCAAUGCCUGUGACGGCAGACAGUCUGGGAGACAUCAUGGCCCUUAAAAGGGCUUCGGACCCUGAUGAAAUCGCCAAUUUGAUCGUGUAUUUAGCUAGCGAUAAGGCCAGAGGAAUCACUGGUUCGGAUUUCGUAUGUGACAAUGGAGGUCUUUUGUAAAUCAAUGUCAUUUAUUAAUUUAGAAUACCGUUAUAUACUUUUUAUAAUUCACUCUCACGUGAUUAUGUCACAAACCAACUAGACAUGUGAAUGAUAAAUAAGUGCUCAUCCAAAAAUGUAAUUAAUUUUUUAUUGUUAUUUAUCAUUAAAUCUUUAAUUUAUCCAUUAAAUGAUUUUGCUUUA